UUUAAGCAUGGUAAACACAUAAGUAGAUAGGUGGCUUGCUGUCAUCGCAAAAAUCCCACGAAAUUCAAGAAAGUCCCUGACUAAACUCUCGGAAUCUGUGUGGGUAAGUCAGGCAACUAAAGAAGCCGAGUCGAAUAAUCAAGGAAAGAAAUUGAUAUCUGCUAUAAUGGAUAAUCUAUGCGAACCCUUUUUAUCUUCAGAGUCAACAGAUUGCUCAAUUAUAGAACCUGAUCAAAGGAAAAAACCUUACGGGCCCUUAAUAACUGCUAAACAAAAGGAAGUUGAAGUAGAUCUGAUUGAAGAUAUUGAUGUAGACAUAGAAAAUGGCACGUAUUUUCUUUGUGCUCGUGCAUUUGCAGUAGUUUCCCAAAGAAGAAGAAAAACACGAACAAUCAUGACUGCACCGUUUAUACUACUAACAAUGUUAGUUGGGCUAUGGCCUGUCUGUCGUUACAAGGUUUUUCAGAAAUUUUUCAUGGUUAUAGGAGUUGCUAUUAAUACCUAUGUCUUUAUUGGAAACAUUGCCGUGUACAGAUUUUGUGCUGUUAUAACCCCAAAUGCUGCUAAUGAACUAAGUCCGUUCUUGUGUUACGGAAUGAUGGCAUUUAAUGAGACUAGCAAACAAUGGGCGAAGAUCUUUCGACCUGUUUUGUUUUCGCGUGCACUGUUCAGUUUUGCUCAGUUCUCUGGCUAUAUCUUGAUAGCUCAUUGUAUUUUGGGCAAACUGCCUAAGCAGAAAAAAGCAGUGCCUUUGAAACUUGCCUAUAAUUUGCUAACUCGAAAACAGUGGAUUAAACUUAACUUUCAGAUUUUGCUGUCUUUUUCGAUAUGGAUUACUUUCCUUGUAAGUGACCUGCGACAUGCCGAAAAAUACAUACCAAAAGACCACUUCGUUAUUUGGCUCAAAAUAGAGAACUUGGUCGUGUGGUUUUACGUUGGAGCACCAUUAUGGAUUUUUGCAGUGAUGAUCUCCGCCUUGGAAUCCCUAAUAACUGCUUGUAUUCAUGAAAUCAAAGAGCUUAGAGAAGGAGACAUUAACGAAGUUAUUUCUAUCUACCAAGAGCUUUGCAAUCACAUCUUCAGUACCGUUCGGGGGUUAAAGUUUUGGUUCGUAAUUCACUGGUUCGCAUUUGGUAUGGCGUUUAUCGUGGACGUCGCCUUAGGUUUCAAGUCUGUUGAUUCCCUUCCUAACCAACAGAAUGAAUUUCAAUUCUGGGUCUUCCACAUCGCUUUCUUGGCUUUUGCUCUUUACCCGUUCUUAUAUCCGUCGAUCUGUGCGGCAUCACUCACGAGUAAAUGUGGUAAUAUGCUGGAACAGCUCAACUUCAUAUCAAGCACCGCGUGGCGUCCAGGUCACCCCUUAAAAAUCCGUUCCAACAUGAAUGAGUUCUUAAUCUUUGCUAAUCAGACACAUUGUGGUUUUCGAAUAGGCAGGUUAACUUUCAACAACGGGCUAGCCUGGAUCUCAAUUUGCUUCGGAAUUUUCGGGAUGGUGUUCAAACUUCUAUAAGCAUGCAUGAUCCAUUCCAAGGCUCUUAGUCGCAAAGAAGAAAGUAAGAACGAUGCGCUCGUGGUUCCACUUCAGUUUGGAUCAUAUAAUGAGGCCAUUCCAUGUUCGAUAAGAGUACUGACCAUAGGAAAGGGUCCUCUAUUUGCUAAUUUUACAAUAACGGAGCGUAUUCUCGCAAUCUAAUUGGGUAACAGCUAUGAUCAAUAAGAGGACCGUCACAAAGAAUGACGCAUCGCUCGCGCAGGGAGCCAGUGUUCUUGAAACCGUUUUUCUUUUAAACUUUUUUCCUUGUUUUUAGUCGUUUUUGUUAUCAUUUUACUGUAAAAAAAAUCGCUCAUAGAUUUACUAUUGGCUCAGUGUCCUCCUAUUGAACAUAGAUCGUCUAAAAAUGUUCAAAACUUUACAGUGUUUUGAAAGAAUAAACCGUGUAAACGUCAUUAACUACCACCAUCAGAAUCAAUUGUGCAAUAUAUAUUGUUCACUGUUCAAACAUAUACUUUCUUAUUGUACGUACUCAUAAGGGAAUAAAAAUUCGAAUACAAAUUUCGUGAAGCAUUUGGUAUUGGUAGCAAAAUGAUGUCAUCAUGCAAAUGGCCUAUUCCAACGCAACCACAGCUCAUCGUUGGCUUUCAAAACAUUCAAUGUUUCCGGCUUUAACAGUUUUUCUUACUUUCCCAUGCAGUGCCGAACGAAAAGCUACCACGCCGAGUUAACUGAAAAAGGUCGAGAAAUUGGCCGAAUUGUAAUGUACAAUUGCAUACAAUUAUUUUAUAUAACUUCUAAGUAAAAUGGUAUUAAGAUAGAUAAAGUUUGUGGUAAUGCAGCUAUCAACAUGUCGAAAAUAUAGUUUUCCAUUAUACGACCUUAUUCACGUUAGUUAAUUUGCAAUCGAAUUGUCUAGGAGUACACAGGGUUCGUGCUACUCCUUAAACUCCUUGAAUUUAAUUCACGUUUUCAAGGGCACUUGAAAAGCUCUUGCAUUUUACAAUUUCUUUCGCUGUGUGUGGUCAUUUUUUAGAACGGGCUAAAUUCAAAAAAUUACCAUGCAAAGCGAAAGAAGUGCUAUUUCUCAAUGAUGAGGCAAAUUUUUGAGGCUUUAUUUCACGUUUCAAUGAUUUUAUUGAAAUUUUUGAAGAAUCCCCAUGCAUUUCCUUAUAACAUGACACCACAGAAAUCAAGCUUGGGCUACCUGUGCUAGGAGUUAACGGUAAAUAACAGGGAAGUGCUCAAAAUAUUUUUAUUUUCUGUCUCAUCGUCAGAACGUCGUUUUGUUUUCGUAAUGAUAUUCUGAUUUACAUACUAUUUGCGUGGAAACUGAAUUAUUCUACAACAUCACCGUUACGAUACCUUAUUCUCACGUGUCAGCUUCUGUAGUUUCAUUGUUAUUUUUAGAAAAACAGCUUCCUAAAACUUUUUUAUUUUCAAUCUCCAAAGAUUAAUUAACCUCUACUACUUUCUACUGACUCAAAACCAUAGUAACUAUGCCAAAGCCCUUUAAAUAUCCAUAAAAACUUUCGUAAAUAGUUUUUAUGUUAAAAAUAUCACAACCUUAGAGCCUAUGGUAAUGCAUUGUAUUUUCAAUCUGUUAAAUGUCCAAAACACGAAAUGCUUUUUUUCUUUGUA